ACUUUAUCGGCCAUUUUGAAGAACUCUGACUAAGAACUCUAUUUGAAAGUGAAAGCUUCGCGACAUAGCCGUUUAACGAAACUUUUCUCGGCUCCUCUUUCUUUAUAAAGCUUAGCUACUCUUCUGGAGUAGCUGGGAUUUCUGAAAAUGAUGCAGGUGUCCGUGAAGACGCUGGAUUCGCAAACAAAAGUUUUCACUGUUUCAGAGGAGGUGAGACGAUUUAAUGUAGUCGGUACAGAAUCACAGCGUUCUGGUCAUUUUGUCGUCUCUUUCCCGCAGUUCUGUGGCUCUGUCUUCUUCUCUUAUCUGUAGAAUUUCUGUGUUUUCAUACAAGAGUUCCUUUUACACUUUGCUCCUAUAGUUCUUUGUUUAUAGCCUAGGUUGUUGUGUUAAAUUCAGUUCGAAGGUUCAAUGAUUUAAAGAAGUCGAAUUGCGUUUCAAUUUUAUCCAUUUUUUUUUCCUCGACAGUCCUCUGUGAAAGACUUUAAGGAUCAAAUUGCUUCCGAUGUGGUGAGUAUUAUUGUAACUUGUGUGCGAGCUGCUGGUAGAAAUGUUGGUAAGCGAAAACUGAAAAUGCAAUGACACUAAAGCCAAUAUGGCUGCCUAGCUCGUGCAAAGGCGUAGCGUUGUUGGUCACGAUGACGGAAAACAUAGGUGUGAAGGAGUGCUACUUAAAAACCAUCUUCAAAUUUUUAAUUUUCCAGUUAAAAAGUUCUCUAUGACGAGGAAAACGUUCCUAAAAAUUAUUGCUUUUCCGUUACUGUAGAAGUACUUAAACAAGGAAGUCAUUUUUUGCAUAUCAUUGAAAUAUAGGUUGCAUAAGUUUCCGGUCUCCUCAUUCGGUUGCGAAGCUCCAUAUCAGACGUUUUCAUUUCUCUUCCUGAAAAGUGCAUGGUGGUUAACAUUUGUACAUACUAUGUUUAAUCAUGCAGUUUUCUUUGAGUGUACAGUUUUGCAAUGUACCGUGUCGUAUCAUUCGUUUCUCAGAAUAUACCCUCUGACAAGCAAAGACUUAUUUUCAAAGGCAAGGUAUUGCAGGAUGAUAAGAAGCUUUCAGAAUAUGGUAAUUAUAUUUUUUAUUACAUGUACAGUUAUACAGAUGUGCAUGCAAGGAACCAUAUGAGGUGAUUACAUGUAUCUGAACUCUUAAUGUGUAAAUGUAAUAUGUCAUCUGAUUUCAGUCAUUCCUGAAGCACAAGAUUACCACAAUGUACAGUAAAUUUAAACACUUUAUUUACUUGCUUAAAAAGCAUGCAAGUGAAAUUACGCAUAUAAAAAAAUAAUAUUUCAUUGGUUUUAAAAAUGAACUGAGGUUUGUUUUUUAAUCAGCUGAACAAGUUUCAGUUUUUGCUAUGGUACCUUGUUCAUUUGCACCUGUGCUGUUGUCUUUCCAUGUUUGUGGAAUUAACUAGGGAAUAUGCUUAAUGCAUAAACAAACUGCUACAUGCAACUUAUGUUCUGUAAUGUGUACCUUUAGGAACAGUUUACUUGAAUGUAAUGAUAAUUAUGGUAAUUGUUCAUCAAACAGGUGUUGAUGGUUGCGUAAUUCACCUGGUUGAAAGGAAACCUCCACCUCUUGGAGCAAGUUCUCUAGGUUUGGAAAAUUGCAUGUUUAUGUGUAUGUUGCAGCUUGAAAUUUAAUUCAGUUUAAUAUUACUAUUUCAAAUUUACAAGUGCAGUUGUAGCUUGACUAGUAUUUUUCCUUUGUACAUAUAUGCAUGUAAGAAUCAUUGCAAUCUAUUCCAACAAGGAAGACAAAUUAAACUAAUUUGGAGUCACUUUUACUGAAAUUUAAUCUGAACUACAACAUGAACAUCAAAACAGUUUUGAUUCUUCCAGUCAGACUAUUUGAAUUUUAUACCAUUAUAAUUUUGUGUUUGUCAGAUGGCCCCAAUAGCUCUAGCAGCUCAUCUACCAGUUCAUCAGGAAGCCUGCCUCUUGGAGUCGGCCCUAACAUCGUCAUGGGAGCAUUUUCCAUGCCAGUUGAUGUUGUAGGAGCUACUCAGGUAACCAAGCAAAGUUUUCUGUGGAUGAUACUAAUCAACCAUUAGGUUGUGUAUCAUAGCUAUGCACUAAUAGAACAUACUUAAUCCUUUCUAGGAUGCUUUUUUGGCAACUUAAAAUCAUAAAAUGUUUGGCUUCAGUUAAAAGAUAAAGACCUCUUUUUGCAAUUUUGUAAUACUUUGUUUACUGCUGACCAUGAAGCUCAUCUUUGAAUGAAGGUUAAGUGGCCAAUCUUUAUAGAAGGAAACAUCAGUGCUUUGAUAACUAUUUAAGUAAUGUGUUUUUCUUACUUACAGUCCAGGCCUGAAAUAGGUAGUAAUAAAUAUUGCUUCAGCUUGUUGUAUACUGCAAUAAAUAGUCUGCCAAAACUAAUAUUGAGAAAUUGUUUACUACCUGAGUAAUUGAUUUUAACCAGACUUGAAACAGAUUUUUGUUAUUUUUUUAUUCAGCAAAUUGUUCAGAGCCUUGUCAAUCAGCUGGGAGUGGAUUCUGCCCAAGCAAAUAUCAGUACCACAUCAUCUGUAAGUGCCUAUGAACUAUGGGACAGUUAUUGUGAGAAUGCUUGUUUAUGACUAAGGCUGCCAUUGUUGUUUUGAGUCAGCCUUGGCUCUAUUUGAGAUAAAAAUUGCAUGCUGUAACCCUUUGAGUCCCAGAAGUGAUUAACAUGUAACUUCUCCUUAUAAAAUCCCUACAUUAUCCAGCAAACGUGUGAUGAGAAUACUUAAACUUAUCGUGGUAAAAGUUGUUCACUUGAUCUAACACCAAAUUCUUAUAACUAAUUUACAAGAAAACAUGUAGCUGCUUUGGAGAGGAAUUAAUAAUCACGUCUUGGGAGGGUUAAUGAUUGAUGAUCAUUAAUAAACAUAGAUUGAAAUUGAUGGUUGUGUGUGAGUAGUUGACUUUUCCUUACAGGAUGAUGGAUCUUCAGUGAAUGUUCACAUCAACCUUCAGGCCACAACUCAGGUAAAAUGCAAAGGCCAACAUGCAAUCAAUUUAUUUCAUUAAAAAUUCUUUUUAGAGAGUACGUGUACACAGUACUCUGUAUUUAAACUUACAAAUCAAGUCACAUGGAGUCUUUGUUCAGGAACUACGGCUAAUCUGCAGUGACCUAUAGCUUCUAGCCUUCAGAGACUAAAUAAGACAUUCAUGGACAUGUGUAACAUGAGUAUUAACAGCCAUGAUUCAAAUGUUACUCGGAAUUUUUAUGUUUUAAUGAGCAGAAGAUAUUAGAUAUUACUUAACUGUUAGAACAUGCAAGAGAUACAUGUACAUGCAUGAAUAUACAGUUAGGCUCUUUUUAUUUUGCAUGGUUCUCAAGAUUGAAAUCUCUGCUUAUCCUACAGUUCUGGCGCUAUUCCAGUUUUUUUUUUCUUUUUAAUUAAUCAUCAUAUUUUAUAAUGUACAGCCUAAAAAGAUAAUGUUUUCACAAGAAAAUUAAUGUUAGCACAGUAAUUUUGCAUAAAAGUAGUAACAUAUAUGUAUGUGGAUGUAUUAGUGUUUAAUGUCCUCAUAAAUGACACCUAAAGUUCAUAUUAAAUGUGUUAUUACUGUAUGUAAGGUACUGGUUACAUGAAAAUCUGUGUGGUCUCUGUAACGUGGUGUUGAACACUACAAUGUAUGUCCAUUAUUGCACAGGUGUACAUGUAUUUAUAGUGUUGUUACAUUGGAAGAGUAUCUAAAGUGCAUGAAUAUAUUUUACUUUCAGCCUGGAAAUGAUGUAUCACAGAGGAUUAAUAGGGCAAGACAUUUCAUGAGAGCUGCAUCUAAUUCUUUGAACAGAUCUGAGGUGCAGUAGUACUCAUCAUGUUUAGACUAUGAAAUAUAUUGUUGACUGGGAUUCUCCAAGCUAGUUAAAUGACUUGAGGAUUGAAAUAUGGCAUGAAAUAUUUUAGGGAGAUGGAGUUCUUCCUAUGGAUACAUCAGAAACACCAAAUACUACAAAUACCAAUCAAGCUGAAGGAUCCUCAACAGAAACUGGCAGCCAAACUUCAAACCUUUCCAGGUAUGGGUUGCAUUUGCUAUGCUUCUGAGUUUUGAAUAGUCAUUGGGAUUCCUUAUCAAGGAUAUCUCCUGAACCCAGUGCCUGACAAAGACCUCUCCAAAAUAGUCAUUUUUCAAUUUCAGUACACUUCUCAACUGUGCAUACAUGUAGCUUCACAAUCAACAUCUAGGUUGUGAAUUUUGCUUCAAGUGUGUCUACAGUAACUUUUUUUUUAAACAGUCCUGCAGCCUUGGCAGAAGUCUUAAGGGAUGCAAGGGACUCCAUGACUUCAAUGCAAACAGUAUUAGACAGAUAUGCUUCUCUUCUAGACUCCAACUCUCCAGAGGUACAGUUAUUUCAAUUUUUAAGUUCUACAGUAUUCUUUUUAAACAUUAAGGUUCUUUGGAAGUUAGUUAUGCACAUAAACAAUUAACUUUUGCUAAGAAACUGUGGAUUUCAAACAGUGAAAGCUUAAGCGGGUCUGUAAAUUGGUUCUGGGGGUCAGGCAGUUGUGCUGCAUAUAUAACUUUGCCCCUGGGAAGGUAGAAAACUGAUGGUAUCCUGAAUGAAGGGGGUUAGAUUCUAAGGAAACUGGAGUGCUGCAUCAGUAGGGGGUAUUAUAAAUUUAUUUUGUUGGGUAAAGAGGUUGUAAAGCUGAUACUUACAGGAAGUAGGAAGUUAACUCUUUGUUGGAGACAUAUGGCUAAAACUCUUUAUGGUGGUCAAUUUAUGUUUUCAACUCAGUUGUAGGACACCAAAUUCAGUUGUAGGAUACCAAGUAGAAAUCCAAUGUAGAUGUUCCUAACUGAGAAUUUAUUUUGGUUUUUAAGAACUUAGAUGCUUCUGAAGACACCUUACCAGAUAGAGUGGCUGAAGCAUUCCACAACCUCAGUCAUGCUUACCAUGCUCUGUCAGAUCUUACUUUCAAUUUCCGUGGUCCUGAACCAAGAAGGCCAAGUGUGCUCACAUCACUAUCUCCACAUAUUCCACAAGUGCCAAUGUUGUCAAGCUUUGUUGGUGCACCUCAGAUGAUACCAAAUCCUAUGGCUCAGCCUGCUCAGGUAUUUAGGAAUGUCCAUUGAAUUUCAUUGCAUGGUGAUUGUGUGGUUAACUUAAAAGUGUAAGCUACACUUGUCUAGUAUACUGUCAGGGCUAAUGACUUUCUAGUCAACUUGGGAUAAAACUGCUGUACAAGGAGCACUAACCCAUUUUCAUUUUAUACAAUUGAUGCAGAAUUAAUGGUUAAAAGAUUUCAUCCAAUUUGGCUUUUUAUUUUCCCCAAACCCCCCCCCCCUUCACUUUCAACUCCAACUUUAUUGGAAUGAUGGAAAAUCUUUCUAUUACAGCUACUGUUUUGGAAAUACCGUAUUGUAAAAAUCAAUCCUGUAUUACAAGAUAGUAUUAUGGAAGCAAAUUGCUUCAAUCUCUUGUACAGUUGGUGGUUCUAUCUUGGAAACAGAGGAAGUUAUUCCAUAUUUUAUUGUUUAAUAGAGAUCUUAUCAUAACUGUAUUUUGUACUCUUUAUGUGGCAUACAUGUAAGUGAGUUCAGUUUCUUGUCCUUACCUUCAAUCUAUACUGAAUGCCCCCAUAAUGAACAUUAAACCAAAGACUAAUGUUAGUUUUAGCAAAGUUCAUUUUUCUUUGCAAUGUACAUGUAUAUCUCAGCUGUACAGCAGUUGAUCGGAUCACAAACAAGCAUGUUUUAUUCUUUAUUUUAACCCCAUAGCAACCUGCUGCAAGCUCCACAACAUCACAGACCAGCCAAGCUGCACCAGGUACCCCGCAGACACCAUUGGGCACCAAUCAGAAUUUGAGGAUCCACGUGAAUCCUCAAGGUGGAAUCUCAUUGACCACCAUUAUAUCAAAUGUGUCACAUCCAGGCACCACUGCACCAGUCAACAGUCUGUCUACACCAUCCACAACAUCCACAAGUGGUACAAGGAUGAGUGCUAGUGCAGAUAAUGGUGCUGCAAGAGAGACUUUUUCAAGCUCCUUUGGGGAGCAGAGGUCAUCAGUUGGUACUGACACAAAUAAUGGUGCCACUGCUACUGCCAACACAACUAACAGCAGUACUAGUACAUCAACUCAGACUUCACAGCCCAGUGUCCGGACUCGCAUUAUUGUAGAUGACUUCAUUGCAUUGGUGUCAAAUGUGCCAGCUUCCAUGGCUGCUGCUAUGGCUGCAGCCCAGGGUGGUCAGGUCCCUUCAGGGAUGUCAGUGGCUCAGAAUCAAUCCCAGGCACCAGGCCAAGGAGCAGCAACAGCAACAAGCACACCAGUGCCAACACCUGGAACACAGAGUACAACAGCUGGACAGGGUCAAGCUAGACCUCAGGGAUUACCAGGGGCUGUGUCCAUGAAUCUUAUGUCUGGUAUGGGAGGAGGAGGAGGAGGAACACCAAACUCAAAUCAUCCUGACCCAUCUUUACCUUGCCAGUCAUUUCAUUUUGGACCACAGGGACAGCGUGCUCAGCCACAGCAAACCAGUCAACCACAGUCAACCCAAUCUACCACUACAACAGUGACAAGCACUCCAGCUCAGACGCCAAUAGCCAGCACUGCCCCUGAGACAGCAGCGACAAGUACUCCAGCUUCAACUCCUGCAACUACCAGCGCUUCUCAGACUCAACCCAAAACUCGGGGAGCAGCUGGUGAUAAGAAGCCUCCUAGUGAACCUCCGCCUGCACGUGAGCCACCAGUGAGAACACCCCCAGAGCGAAGGAGAGGUACAUGUACCUGUACAUGUGAUUUGAUUUAAUGCUUCCUAUUACUGACAUUUGAGUUACAAUGAUGAGUUGAUUUUUCUAGUUAUUGCAAAAUCUUGUGUUCAGUUAUGAUGUACAUGUAUUUGUAUUUGGCACCUACCAUGUACAUGUAAUGUACACUUGAAAUAGUGAUUUGAUAUUCCACAUUAACAGCUGUAUUUUUGAUAAAUCAUAGUGCAACAGAAAUUUCAUUUAUUAUAAUAGCACAUCAAACCUUAAAUUGGUUACCUUAAAGUUGUUUGGACUAUCGUCCAAAGUCAAUCUUAGCAGGGUGAUAAAGCUACAAAAGAGAGCUACACUGUACUUCCAAUCAGAUCCUAGAUCCACUCAGUUCUUUGUUUUUUUUUGUUUUUUUUUCAAAACUCUUAAGAAUGCUUGAGAAUAAAUGUGACCUUCCAUGGGAAAACAGACACUGAUGCUUUUCUGUUUAAACUGCAAAACUGUUUACUAUCCGUUUAAAUCCGUUUAAAUGGUUCAUGAAAGCGUUUAAAUGGUUUGCUCAUCCGUUUAACGCUUUAGCUAAAACGUUUAAGUGGUUUGCUUAUCUGUUUAAAAAAAUUUGCAUCUGUUUAACACCUUUGGUAAAACGUUUAAGCGGUUUGCUCAUCUGUUUAAAAAAAUUUGCAUCUGUUUAACGCUUUAGCUAAAAUGUUUAAGUGGUUUGCUUAUUUGUUUAAAAAAAUUUGCAUCCAUUUAACGCUUUUGGUAAAACAUUUAAGUGGUUUGCUCAUCUGUUUAAAAAAAUUUGCAUCUGUGUAAAAUAGUAGUUCACCUGGAAGAAAAUGCUAGGUACUCAAAUGGCCUUCAUAGAAAAGAGAAAACCGAAGGGGGUAGAACUGCUGCAGCAUUAACUCAUCAUAUCUGGAAUGGCUUGCCACUUGAUCUUGGACAAAUACGUGUAGAAUUUUUGAACAGCUUGCAAAAAAAUUUUUGUUAGUAAUAAAUGAAUACCAUUGAACAGCAAAUUAAGAAAUUUACACAGUAUGAAUCAUUAUGUAACUUUUGAUAGUUUCCUUUGUUUCCCAUUUACUUGUAAAUGGUAAUUUUCAAUAUAAGUUAUAGAAGUUUUUUAUUAGGCUUUUCUACUACAUGUGCUUGUACAAAGUAGUUAUAGUAAUUUUUUUUCAAUUGUUAACUCAUAAAUAGAUAGGUUUUUGUAAUGUUACAUGUACAGGUGUAUGUAUGAAAUGUCUGAGAAAAAAUUUUACUCCUUCAGAAGGGCUACCAUCAUGAAAUAAAGACUUUACCUCCUUAUUAACUAUAUUAUGUUGCAUAAGGUCAUAUACUCAAUCAACUUUAUGACGUAAUUGCAAAACCAGCUGUUGUGCCCAUUGUUGGUAUUUAAUCAUUGAUUUCCUUGCAUCUUCAGCCCGUGACCGCACAAUAUCUCCAGCUGAUUUGCAAGGGAUUCUAGGAAUGAUCGCACAUGAUCAGAGGACUGGCUUUAGAGGAUUACCAUCACUUUUUCCCGGCAGCUCAGGCCGAGGUCCACCUAGACAGGUACUGAUCAUGAACUGCCAGUGUUCAUGCCCUUACUGUAGGGAGCUUAAGCAGUCAUGAUGGUAACCUCUGGGGAAACAUAACUGAAAAGUGAACGUAUAUUUGUCUCAAAGGAUUUUGGGAAUAGCCUGAUGUGUCUAUUGUGUCAUAUUCUACCAAACCUCUUCAGAAGAGAGAAGAGGAAACAUAAUUGAUGUGCUUUUUUUGUUCCUGUGCCCAGAAAGUCAAAAUUUGUUGUCUCAACUUUGUUGUGUUACUGAGACUGGUUGGGAAGGUUUCAUUAUAUGCACAUGUAGUUCUUUUGUUCUCCAAAUUAGAUUUGUAAGAUCCCCAUGUCUGCCCUGUUGUCCCCAUCAUGGGUUGCUUAAGCUCCCCAGUAUUGCUGUGUGAACUUGUUUUGUAAAUUAAGAACAGUUACAUGUAAAUGCCCAUAUAGAGGUGGAUAAAAUUAAGUGAAGGGGCUUUGCCUUAAGGUAAGGGUUAGAUUGAAAAUUUGCCAUAAAGCUUUCUGGACUGAAUUUAAAAUUUUGAUUUACAAAUGUGGGUAUAGAUUCUGCAGUUUGACAUAAUUGUUUACUCAACUAAUGGAAAUAAUUAUUUGCUUUGCUUGGUGAUAACUGGUUAUUGUAUAGAGCUGAAAGAAAUUGUGUGGUCCCAUGCUUUGCUCAUAUAUAUCCCUGUCAAGCCAACAACAAUUUUUCCUGCACAUCUGCCCAGGCAGUAAAGCCCCAGACAUGUUGCAUUUGGAACUAAUGCUAAGGAGUUACACUACAAUGAAAUUUUUGAUUUCUACAUGUUGCUCUGAACUAUGUGCUCUGUUAUCUGUCUUAGACUCAUCUCAUACUAUGGCAUCUUUGAAAUUAAAUACAACCCCUUAAAUAUGAGAAUCUAAAGGGGUGUGCUCAGUUUACAUUGUACUUUAUUUGAGACAGUAAAGGACAUACUACAUGUAUGCAAGUCUUAAUUUUCCUUUCUAUGAUAAGCUGAAUUAUGCAGGAAUUGUGAUUGGUUCUUACUUACGGUACAAUUUAUUGGAGGACAAGUGCUUUGAUGACAUCACCAUCACAACAUUUUGCUUUUUAAUCAUGUUAAAACAAAUAGAUUUGUUGUUGUCAUGAGUCUGUACAGUUAUAGAUCAUAAAAGACACCAGAUUGUGGUACACUGACACACUCGGCAACAUGGAAUCUAUUUGUUAAUUACAUUUUUCAGUGAUAGCCACAAAAAGAUGACAAAAUUAACAUAAACUCUAUGUGACUUGUUUGCGCAGAGUCUUGUGUGUAGAUGAGGCAUGCAAAAUGCUUUAUUGCAACACCAUUAUCUGUAGAAAAAUGAUGAUUUUUCAACCAUAUUAAUCUUUUAUUAAUAAACCUUCAUCAGUCUGGCCGAAGGGGUGGUUCAGAUUCAAGGCAAUCAAUGAUGGAUAUCAUAGAUUCUAUGAUGAACUACAAUGAAGGUUUGUUAUGGUAUCAUAUGGCAAUAAUUACUCUUGGGGUCCCCCAUAGUCAAUUGUCAAAUGUCAAUUGGGUGAUUACCUGGGGGGGGGGAGAGGAAAGAUGUUGCCUCCUCCCCCUUUCCCUCCAAUGACUUUCACUGAUACUCUGCCUGAAAGAGGCAAGGGAGGGGUGGGGUUAUUUGACUCUCGUAUGGCAAUUUAAAGGUUUAACAGAUUGUCACUUACACCAUUUUUUAAAGAGACCAUAUAAGAGUUACUUAUCUAAGUAGCUCAUUCAGUUGCCAAAGUGCUUUUUUCUGCGACAUUGCUAUCACAUUGCAAUAUUUUUUAAUGGAAAAAGGUGAUGACUUCAAACAUGAGUAGCAGUAUUACUUGCUGUUCUGUAGUAUGCAUGUAAUACCUCUUAUAUUUUACACUGGCUCUAGGAAUUACACACACAGAUUUCCCUCCUCAGAAAUCAAUUCUACAUAUGGGCCAGCAAUUCAAGUGUAACAAUUCAAAGGACUGUUGUCCUGCAAACAAUGUAGUUAAGAGCAGUGGUCAAGAGAGUGUUGAGAAUUAGCAGGGAUUGUUUUGGUUUUCUUUUAGUUUACACUGUGAUUGGUCAAAAAAUUUAAUCCGUAAUUUAUGUCAUACUGUAGUGAGUAAUUCUCAGUCAAUGGUUAUCUGUUAUUAUUUUGACGAGUAAAUUUUUUACUCAUGCAUUUCAGGUCAGACACAAACAAUUAAUUCCUUAAUUGAAACAAUGAGACAAAGUGGACUGGACAUUCAAGAUGAAGAAGGUGAGCUGUUCCUAUCUCGUUAUUGUAUGAGUUUGUUUUUGGCAUGGAACAUGGAUACCGUCUUGCUUCCCUUACAUGUAAGACUAUGACACAGUGUUCUCCCUUAUUUUAAGCAUAAUAAAUAAAACAAAUUUUCAACCCGGUAAAGCAGUCCUUUUAUCCGCUGAAUCUUCAAGAAUUCCAAGCAAUUUUAAACGGUACUAGGAGGUACUAUAGGCGGUAGAUGUCACCGGUUACUGCCUUUAAAGGAGAACACUGCAUAUUGUAUACUUCCUUGAUUCAAUUUCUUUUUUGUUUCAAGUACAGCUCACUUGAGGUUAUUUUAAUUCUCUCUGUUAUUUUUCUUUUGUCAAGGACUGGUUCCUGCUCUAUAUCAGCGUCUAAGUGCCGUGAUGACAGUUGAGGAUGUCAUGGGCGUGGUCAUGGGUAAGUGCUGUAACUUCUCAAUGCGUUUGGCAUCGCGAUUUUAUAUGGAAGAUAAGUUGUAGAGCAAUACAAUAGAUUCAGAAGAUAUUUUAGCUCUCAAAGACAAGGUAACAUUAGUUUGUAUAUUUUCCUUACUGUUUCCUAUACAUUUUCAAUAGAAAUCACAAAGAGAAUUUGUUUCGCAAUCAAGAGCUUCUCAAGUUGGUUAUCAUUUCCUAUGUUUACAUGGGUUAUACCAAAAGGGGAAAUAAGAUUCUAAUUUCUUCUAAAGUUGAAGAGUUUAUUGGUUUUGUCGUCAUGUAGAGUCACUGUUUGUUGAAGUUGAAUGUCAUUACAGUUGAACUCUGCUUGCUCGAACUCACAAGUCAAACAAAAAUUGGUUGAGUUGCGAGAACUCGAGUUAGCUGAUAGUUAAUGACUGGAAAGCUGGGGUCAAGGGAUCUUGUUCGAGUUACCGGUGGAGACCGAGUUAGCGGGGUUCUAUUGUUUAUUUCAAGCACAAUUGUUUGGAACUCGUGGUGCGUUUUGAUGCGCUGUCAUAGGUGCAUUGGGACAAUCACUGAUAUUCGUCCUUCUUUUGAAAGGAGUAAAUUGUAUUUUUACGUAAGUGCCUGUUUCUUGUCUCUUUAGGUUCUGAGAGACCAUUUGAACGAAUCCGACCAGCUUUGAUGGCGUACGUGAAGGAGGAUCUUUUGCAUGGACAAGAAGCAACAAACGAAAACCUACGGGUAAAAUUUUUAAUAUAGCUCUUAGUGAUACUGUCUUUACGCUACUCUUUCUAUAGCUUGCGAGCGUAUCUGAUUGUUUUGUUUUUCCCAUUUAAUUGUGAAUUCUAUAUCUAUUUUCAGCAUUAUCUUUGUCAAAUUAAAUCAGUUAUACUUUUACCAUGAUUUCGAAGUAAACGUCUUGCUUCCUAGCUCUUAUAAUUCAUCCAAACCGGUAGACUAUGGUAUAACAUGAGCAGCCGUCACACGAAUUAUGAUUUUGUUCGCUGUAAUCCCUAAAUUUCGAAACGUUCAAUUGUAAAGGAUGUCUUCCCUCUAAGCCAGUGUCGAUUCCCACCCAACCCACCCAUCCCUUCCUUCGCCAAACCCUCCCAUGUCACAUCUCUCUCAUCCGUUGGGGGGGGGGUGGUGAGAAUUCCACCCCCCCUAUUCCACCUCCCCUAUAAAAGUAUACCCUGUUUUUCGCUGACGUUGUGUAGUCCCUUUGUUCGUAAUGGCUCAUUUUGUUCUGAAUCCUUUUCAGAAAGCUGUGAAGGAGUUGACUAAAGAAAUCGUUGAUGGUGUUGGGGACUCCCUUGUAAGUGAAGUUCAGUGAUCUUCAGUACGCUACACCUGUAUUCAAAGGUUGCUUUCUAACUUUCGUGUUAUUUUUGUUGCGUCUGUUUGUUUGUUCAAUCAACAGUGUUUCUGUUGGGUAUCACACUUUCGGAAUGCUACCCAGUUGUGUUGCUUUUUCAGAUUCUCUGAAUUCACUAAUUUACUUUCGUGUGAAGUUUUGAGAACAUAGAUACUUGUACAUCAACCUCAAGGGUUUAGACUGAAAUUAACUGUAAGUUACUCAAAUUAGCCUUACUUAUCCAUGUCGGUUUGAGACGCAUCUCGGGGUUCAGGUCAUAACACUGCGUUGUUUUUCUGCUUUUGCAGACGGCAUGGUGAAAAAGCAUUUAAGAUUUCCACCACUGUACUAGGCCUGUUUUGUUCUUUUUGUCUUUGUGGUUGCCUUUGUGUGAACAUUUAUCUCUUUUUUGUCGCAAAUAGAAAGUUGCCCCAACAAAUAAUGAUAUUGAUAUUGUGGAAUCUGCCCAGAGCUUCCUAGAGCACUAUAUCAGAAAUGCCGUGGACUUGGUUUUACAUUCAGGUUAGUGAAGAAACUGUAAGGUUAAACAUUCAAUUGGAUUGUUAUAAGGAUACGAUUACUGGGUGUUUCUGUUCAAAGACAAGUUUUUCAAAGACAAGUUUUUCAAAGACGUUAAAGCUAAAAGUAGUGUCCUCAAUAAAGAAAGAUGUUCAAUUUGUUUUUGUCUCGUCACUCGCCAUAGAGUUCGCCAUAGAGUUCGUUAUAGAGUUCUCAUUACCUGAGUGAGCAUCGUAGCGCGGAAAUCUGUUUUUCGUAAAUCCAAACCCUUUUUCGUACAUAAUUUUUUGUCCUUUUUUCGAUGUCCUUUUGAGGUGGAUUCCACCAUUACGGUUUUUUAAAUGCGGAACCGGGCGUGCGUUUAACGGGUUUACGCGCAUAAAGCACUGAAGGACAAGAGUUGAUAUAGAUGUAUCUCUCUCUCGGAUGUAAUAUUGAGCGCUUUAGAUUUUAUCCUAGUCUACUGUAUUGGAGAGAGGCCCCUUAAUUACAUGUAAUUACUGUAUUUGGUGCGAGGAAGGUCACUUAAACGAAAACAGUAUAUCCUAAGGAAAAAAAAAAGAAUUGUUAACACGAAUCGAUUUUGACCGGAGGAUAUAGCUGUUGAUGAAGAUCUCUUGAGAGAUGGGCACGUUACUGUAACUAUAAUGAUAUCUUGUUGCAUCAACAGAGGAGAACCCCAGGUUUGCUGAAUACUUUCAAGGACACAUGAAGGACAUAGCCGCAGAAUUCUUCACAAUGCUGGUGUUUUGCUACAGAGAUGGGCUGGAAGGAGUCGAACAAGUGAUCAGAAAUAGAAUUGUGAGUGUCAAAGCCUGCUUUCUCCCCCCCCCCUUCAGCGCCUUCGAAUCACUCGACGAGUAGCAGCACACGUGAAUUUUAAGUUACCACCCACUCGGAACUUAAAGAAUUAACCUGAACCUCCAAAAAUUGUGGGCUAGUCCUGUUUCGAGACGUUUGAUUGAAGCAAAUAACGGGCUUUCAUGGUGUUUUAUUUUACGCAAGAUGGCUUACUGAAUGUGUUUGGAAGCCAACUCUGCCAUGAUUUUGAGUUUUAGAUGUGGAAUACCGUAGGUUUUAUUUCGGACAUGUUGAUUACUGUUUCCUCGUGCUUUUGAUCUCGUGCAGUGAGAGGACGAAAGAAGAGGGAACGGAUAACAGUGUUAAACCAAGAUAAUUUGUUUUUAUCAACUGAGUUGAUAGUAUAAAUUAGCCACCGUGAAGAUUUUGUAAAGGUGACGUUUCGAGCGUUAGCCCCUAGUCAGAGGUAAUUUACAUUAUCAACUCAGUUGAGUAAACCAAAUGAUCUCGUAAUACCGCCCACUGAUGCGGCAUCACUGUUUCUUUAGAAACUUACCACCUUGAUUCAUCAGUGUGAAACUUAGCUGAGUGCGGAAUGCCUGACAUGUAGGACCUGCUGUAUCUCGCCUCUGUAGUAGUUCUCUGUAGCUUGCUAGUAGAGCAUCCGAAUGCCCAUUCUGUAAAAAUGAUUCGUAAACUCUACUCCAUUUUUUAAUACUUGCAGCCCACAUCGAGUUUAACACAAGACAUGGAUGAACGUUCUCGAGAAGUGUUUGAGCAGUUGCUACUGAGGAACAUCCGUCAGAUGUACUACAGUAGGGCGUAUUGUGAGGGGCGACUCCAGCGCUUCAUGAUCAAACGCAAAACCCCUCCACCACCCCCUCCGGCACAACCUGAAGCCCCCUCUAAACCUCCCGUGGGGAACUCCUCUGAGGACGAAAAGGCGGGCGACAAGAAAGUUGGAGAGGUGAGGAAAUUGUUUUGAAAAUCUUCACCCCUAAAGUGAAAGCAGUUGUGUUACGAGUAAUGCAAACUCUUUAGUUUUCAAUUGAAUGUUGAACAAACCAAAACCAGAGGUAUCCAAGCGACCAAUCAGAACCAAGGUUUGCAUUGUCAUUAGCCAAUGAGAACUCAAACUGCUUGAAGCGCGGGAAAAUGCGGGUGACCAAACGCGAUUGUUUUUUAGUUUUGCAUCUGAUUGGUUGAGAGGACGGCGCAAGUAUUGUGGACCAAUCACAGUACAAAGUGAAGUAAAACCAAAGCAAUCCCGGAUUACUUUCGAUACUCAAUUGAAAAUUGCUCCAGUAGGAUUCCUUGAUUUUUACAACGACAUUUCUGAAGUUUAAUCACAAAACAAAUCUUCUUAGCAAUUCACAAUCGCGUUCGAUGUUUUUUUCUUCCCCUUUCCGAUGCCAUGGCAAAUAGCCCGCCUCGCCAAUUGUACCUAACUGCUUUUAAAUUUAGUGUUAAACAUGUGGACCAAACGAUGCAAUACGUAGAGUUCUUAUGAAGCUAUGUUGUAUGCUUGGCGGAAACCGAACCACACUUUCUUCACCGCACUAUUCCCUGUUUGGUCGUUAUCGUUAUUGCAUUGUCACUUUGAUUGUGAGUGUUGUUGUGCGUUGAAAGGUUGUGACAAUGAUUGGGAAAAAUAAGUAUUUUUAUUAUAUCUUUUUUAAUAUUCACUCAACAAAGAACUCCAAAUGAUUUCAGACUGCAAAUGAAUUUGCGCUUCCACCUCUCCAUGCCUCCUAUCAAAGUUAAAGGUAAUCUCAGUUAUAUUCAUUGUACAUGUAUUCUGACAGGCCAUAGACGAAGACAUGGACAGUCAUGGUUCUGAUGAUUCAGAGACGUUUACGACUCCCCCUGCAUCCAUCAUAGUAGGGAAUGAUACGGAAAGCCUCAAUGCAGAAUUGCCGGAGGGUGAAGAGGCUAUGGAGGAAGAGCAAGCGGAUCAAGAGUGGAAAUCUAUUAUGCCUGAGGUAGUUGUUUUAAAAGCGAUUUUGUCGCUUUUAGAUUCAUUGCAUGUACGUGCCAGCCUCACCCAGAUAUCUGUUUGUUAACGAGAUUUAACGCAGCACAAUGGUUGGCUUCGGAUCUGCUCUGAUAACCAAAAGUAAACAUAUUGUUAAAUAAAGCAUAUUCUCAAGACACAUUCUUUAAAUUAAUUGCCAAAGUAUAUUAUAGUCUUAAACCGUGGCUUUCUCAUUCAAUAUUAUGUGUAUUUCAAACUUUUGUUACAUAAUUCCUCCAAAUGACUUGUGGCCUUUGGCCGAUUGAAUUCGAGAUUACUGUAGUGCCACAGAAGCGUAAUUUUCUGUCUUUCAUAGGAAUGGAUCCCCGUAAUCACAACAGACAUUGUGCGGCAAAGACGAAUGCCACCACAAGCGCCUUUUAGCGAUGCUUACGUCAAUGGACUACCACCAAAGAGGCGUAAGGUAAAUACAACCAGUUAUCAACAAUGUUUACUUCAGUCUCUCCAGUCUACCAAGUCAUUUAAGAACGACUCUAACUACUGUUGAUCACGUCUUCAGAUGAUAGACCAACGAGGCAUUACGCCAAGUGAAGACAGUAUAGGUGAUGCAUUGAAGAGUGCGGCUACAGCCACAGGAGCCACGCCUCUCACAAGUCUGGACGGUAAUGAUAACAAUGAUGACGAUGAUGAUGAUGAUGAUGAUGAUGAUGAUUAUUGUAAUAAACUAAUAACAGUGAUAAUAAUGACAACGAUACGAAGAAGAAGAAGAAGAACACUAAUAGAAUAGUGAUGAUAAUAGUAAAGAUCUAUACACGAUGGGAAUUCUAGAGGAGAGUUAGAGUUAACACAAAGCGAAGACGCACAGCAAAAGGGGAUACCUCUAACACAUUUUAAUUCUAUGGCAAAGGCCUUAUUUCCUCACUGCGCUCAAGUGAUAUUGCUUUUCUUUCUUAGGCGAGUGUGGAAAUCGCCAUUCCUGCGGUGAAUAAAUGUUAUUUUAUAAUUUUCAUUCAGUGGCAUCCUAUAACAAGAAAGUGAUGUACAGUCCUCCUUAAUACUUCUUCCUUUUUUCGUUUAAAACACAAUAGUUUGUUUCCCCUCACUCAACCAUUUCUAGAUUAACAUAUCUCUUCCAUGUGGUACAGUUUAAGGAGUACAACAGAGCUUUGUAAGAAGGCGUGUACGAAUGUAAAUUUGUUGUUUCUUUUCGAACAGCGCUCUGAAACAAGAUAUAGUUUAAUUGCUUCUUGAUGGUUCGGCCAGAAUAAUGGCUUAGAUUGAAGUCUGAUGUUAAUAUUAUAAACUCCCUCUUCCAGAUCUUUCAAGAGCUGCUAAGGGAAAUCGUGCCCUCCAUGGAGCAUAUCGAAGAGAGAUUCAAAAGGAAAUCAAGACAAGAUUGGAUAAAGAUACAGAUUACAGACCUGAUAGAUUCCCUCAGACUAAGGACUGUUUUGACAAAGAUUCAGAGAGGAAGUAGCACUAGAAAUACGGCGAGCGGAUGUAAUAGCUCGUCUGUAUAUCACCAUUAAAUUGGUCAUUAUAGGUGUGACCAGUUACCCGCCGUGCAUUUAGCACAGGAAGCUCAAUGUAAUGAAGUUGAAAAUCGUUAAAUGACGGUGCUUUGUAAAGCUUACCGGAUGGACCUUCAAUCUUUGUGCGGAUCAGAACUGUGGGAUGAACAACUUAAGAAAAACCCGCACACUGAGAUGUAUGUGUCGACAUUUUCAAUUUUUUUGUUUUCGUUUUUGGUUUUAAUCUUUUAGCAAUCAUCCUUCUCAGCCUCAUAUCAUUAGAACUCAAUUCAAUCGAAUCAUCGGAGGUAUUAGAGGUAAAGGCGCAAGUUUCCUUAGUUUAAGUCAUUUUGUCAACCCACACGUCCUGCAAGGUGUAAUCUGCGUUUGGGUUUUUAUAAUCAGCUGAUUCUCUCAGAGAUCAAUAGUUAAUACUUCCCCUCAAUUGAAAGGACAUCCUCUGUUCUAAAGUACCUUAAAAAAACUCUUGCUGCCAAUUAAAAUAAGCAAACUUAUGAUUACUUUCUUGAGAUUUUGUUUUUUGUUUUUGUCUGUUUUGUUUGUUUGUUUGUUUGUUUGUUUGUUUGUUUGUUUGUUGUCUUGGUGUGUGUUUUGUUGAUGUCAAUAUCUUGUUCUUUUUAGUCGCUGUAAGUUUAAUAACUAUUGGGAUUUAUAAGUGGACCUAUACUUUGCACCAGAAGAAUAUUGGUACAGGUCCAGAGAAUGUGCCACUAAUCCUGCAUAGAGACCGUGUGCAGUGAAGAGCUUUAGUCUUAGAACCAAAGAGGUUUGUUAGGAUGUUGAAUUGUUAAUGGCUUAUGAAAAAAAUAGUACUGAUUGAAUUAAAUCACAUUUCAAUUAAUAUCAUGGGCGUUUUAUUGCUUCACGUCUUUUAGUAAAACUAGGAUAUUCUCUUCAAAUGAAGGGAAAGUUGCGUUCAUUAACCAGCUUUCCACAGAUAUGGAGAGAAGCCA